AUGGAUGCAACAUCAAUGGAUGCAAGCAAAACUCUUCCUUCUUUCUUUGUUGAGAAAUGGGUGCCCCCCUAUAAUGACAGUGGAUGCACUCAAAGUGAACCAAAGCCUCCAGCUUUUAUUACAAUGGAAUAUUUAAGUGACAAAGAUAUCUUAUCCGACAUGAAAACAUAUUGGCCAGAUGUUCUGUACUACCGAAACAUGACAGCCAACCUAUAUUUUUGGCGAUAUCAAUGGACGAAACAUGGAAUGUGUUUUGACCAACCUGAUAAACCAGUUCGCUAUUACCAGACUGCCUUGAAUGCUAUAAAGAAAUUUGAUUUUCUUGAUUUGUUAAAAAAAGCAAGCAUAAAACCCAACAAUGGAAAGUAUAACCGAACUGUGAUCGGAAAAGUUGCUAGUGAUCAUGUGGGAAAACAAGUUGAAAUUAGUUGCAACAAAGACUCAGAAGGAAAUAUCCAAUUGGAGGAGUUUAGGGUAUGCUACACCAGAGAUGGUAAGGAGGAAUCAUGCCCAUAUCAAUUUAGUUAUUGCGGAGAUAAAGAUGAAUUCAUACAAUUCCCAUCUGCUGCUGCUGCUGCUUAG